UCGACUGCUUCCAAAACCAUAAUCAACAACACGAUAGAGGAAUGGUAAAAAGCAGUAUUGUACCGCGUGCACAGUUUCAUUACGGGCACGUAGGGUGAAAGUCGUGUUUCCAUUCAUUGUAGGAAGCCACCUCUAUUAUGAAAACUUCGUCUGUGGGAAAAGCCUCCGAAACGACCACCACUACAGAUGGCAAUAUACCACUGGGUUCAUUAGAAUCACCCAGCAAAACUGGACCUGAUGCACAGAUUCUGAGGCUGCCAUUUAAAGGCAAUCUAUUGCUGAAUUGUGUCAAAAAAUGGUUGAAUUGUAUUGCCUGUUUGCUUUUCUUACCAUUAACAAUAAUAGGAAGAUUGGUUGAAGCAUUUUUCGCUUUAAAGCAAAGAAUUUCGAGACAUGAUUCCAGUCUCGAAGGUAAAGUUGUUCUCAUCACGGGUGCCAGCUCUGGCCUCGGCGAAGCCCUGGCAAAGUGCUUGUACACAGAAGGAUGCAAGUUGAUUAUCGCGUCCAGGCGAUACACUGAACUUGAUCGUGUGAAAGAACAGUUACUGGGUUCUGGCUUGAGAAAAGGCACCAUCUAUCCACCUGUGAUCAUUGAACUAGAUCUUCAAGACCUAAACAAUUUAGCGGACAAAGUGAGAACUAUUCUCGGGGUCUACGGAUAUGUUGAUAUUCUUGUGAACAACGCUGGAAUCAGUUACAGAGGAGAAGUGACUGAUACUUCCCUGGAAGUGGAUGCCAAAGUAAUGAACAUUAACUACUUCGGAACAAUUGGAUUGACUAAAGCUAUUCUUCCUUCAAUGAUUAUACGCCAAAGUGGUCACAUCGUGAUGAUUGGAUCACUUCAAUCAAAACUGGCAAUUCCGUUUCGAUCGGCCUAUGCUGCUUCCAAACAUGCACUUCAGGCAUUUAGCGACAGUCUGCGAGCGGAAAUCCAUCGUCACAAAAUUGAUGUGACAGUCAUUAACCCCGGAUACAUCCGCACAAGUUUGUCUCUGAACGCGCUGACGGGCCGAGGAGACAAAUAUGGACAGACGGAUGAAACUACGGAGUCGGGAGCGGAUCCACUUCAAGCUGCAUAUGAAAUUGUCAUUGCAAUUAAGGAAAAAACCCAAGAGCUGAUGCUCUGCUCACUCUUUUAUCGUUUAGCAGUAUUUCUUCGUGCAAUUCUACCCAACGUUUAUUUCAAACUUAUGGCGCGUCGAGCGGCCAAGAGCAAAAAAAGUCGUUAAUUUCUAGUAGAGAAUCUCUAAUACAUUCUGAUAUAAUAAG